AUGUUGGACGCUCAGCUAUCUUAUGGCUUUGAAUUCUACGGCUGCGAUGUUUCCCUCGCCCUUACUCCCAUAACAGAGAGGUGCUUUCUGAGUUUGACACAGGUAAUGCGAUUUGUUGAUCAGCGGAACAGUUGUAUAGUUAAUGAACUGUUUCUGUUUUGGUUUGGGAGCAAAAUGCAGAUAUCUGACUUUGUUGUAAUCUGGGGCUUUCCCUAGGGACGAAAUGUGCUUGUUGAAGUGGGGGCUUUUUGUGGGCCUCGUGUGCUUACCGAUAUAUUAAAAUACAUAAAGAGGAAAGGAUCUUCGGGAAAGUAGCUUCAUUAAAGCGCUUUUUUGUUCUGAUCAUGUUUAGGCCGUAUGGAAUGUCUUUGGGGGCUCGCUUGUUGGACCAACAGGAACAGGAAAAACUGAGACAGUGAAGGUAAUUUUUUCUUGCAGUUGUUGCUUUUGCUCCUUAAUCUUGCUCUUACCCUUGCUUUUCUCCUGUCUUCGCCACACGAAUCUACAUCUUGUCUAAUUGUCCUUUUGUUACUAGCAUCAGGUGCUCCUGAGGAACAUCUGAAGUACCAUUUGGAUGUCGUGGGUUAAAAAACGGACGUUCGGCAACUUUUUUUCCCCCAAGUAUUCAUUAUUUAAUGGUAUGUUUGUUUCCAUAGGGUCUAGCAUCUUUGCUUGGUCGUUAUCUGGUCUCACAGAGUUGUUCCCCAAAGAUGUCUUCAACAGCGAUAGGAAAGAUUAUUGUAGGUCUGGCAGAGGUGAGAAAUCUAUGAGCUCUUGGUUUUUUUUUUUUUUUUUUUUUUUUUUUUUCUUGAAGACCUUAUUCUUGCUGUCUUUUUGUUGCAGGAAGGUUGCUGGGGUCUGAUGGAUGAGUUCCACAAAAUAAACAUAGAGUGUCUUUCAGUUAUGCUGUUUGAGAUCCAAGCUGUGCUACUCGCUUUGAGAGGUGGACUUUCUACCUGCACUUUGGAGGAUGGAAAGGAUGUAUGUGAUUUUAAAAAUUGCUGCAAUGUGGUAGAUAAUAGGGAUAGCUAGAUAAGAGUGGGCAGUGGGCUGGACUCGAGGUGGAGAAGUCUUGGUCCAAGCUCUGGCCUUAGUCACUCGGUCACAGGGCCUCUCUCCGCCUUUUGCGUUAAAGAGUAACAAAAGUCUUUCAGGGAAAGUUGAAGAAAUGCUAUUAGGUAACGCCAGGAACAUAUUAACACCAAACUACCAGGGAAGCUGAAAAAUUGCUGUUAGGUAACACCAGAAGCCUAUUAACAAAAAGCUUUCAAGGAAAGCUGAGGAAUUGCUGUUAGGUAACACCAGAAGCAUAUUAACAACAAACUAUCAGGGAAAGCUGAAAAAUUGCUGUUAGACAACACCAGAAGUAUAUUAACAAAAAGCUAUCAGGGAAAGCUGAAGUACUGCUGUUAGGUAACACCAGAAGCACAAAAAGCUAUCAGGGAAAGCUGAGAAAUUACUGUUAGGUAACACCAGAAGCAUAUUAACAACAAACUAUCUGGGAAAGCUGAAAAAUUUCUGUUCGGUAACACCAGAAGCAUAUUAACAAAAAGCUAUCAGGGACAGCUGAGGAAUUGCUGUUCGGUAACACCAGAAGCAUAUUAACAACAAACAAUCAGGGAACUGUUAGGUAACACCAGAGGCAUAUGACCUAGUUCUAGGUUAUAUGCGUGUGGUAAAAUGCAACCGACUGACCUUCCUAGAUAUUUCUAAUCGCCACGUGUCACCAAAAUCGAGAAAUGUUCCGCCGGUAAUGGUACCUAUGUGUUGAAGGGUUCUUUGCUCACUUGACAUCAAAAUGAAACAAGAACAACUAAUUGGCACAGGACCCCCUAGCCGAGUUUCGCUUUGAUGUUAAAAAGAAAAACAGUUUAGAAUCUCAGAAAACACAUUUCAGAUCAAAGUUGAAGAGCAGCACUUAUGUAUAUUGAAAAUACUGACGAAAAUUAAGCGUUAUUUCUAUUCAAGAGCUACCAUUAACGACUUUUUUUCUUUGUUUUGUCUUUAAUGGCAGGUCACUGUUAAACCCAACUUUUCCAUUUUCCUCACCAUUUGUUCCAAUGGACACAAUUAUGAAUUCCCGCCUGAGGUCCGUGCUUUGUUUCGUUCUGUUGCCAUGGUGAUGCCAGACACAUCUCUGAUACUGAGGGCUCACUGCGCAGGGCAGGGUUUUAAGUCCCCCAAGAUUUUAGCGGAUCGUCUCAAGCUUGUCGCAGAUGUCUGCAAGGAGCAACUGUAAGUCACCACAUUAUAACAGACCCUUCAAUAAAGAAGCGACCCCGAUUUAAGAAUUUUUGGAAGGGAAUAAUUCUUGUAGCUGCAGAGCACUUACCUGAAUAUUUCAAGCUAGACUGUGAAUGUGGUCGUUUGCAAUCCCUUCAAUCGUCUCUAUUUUCAACCAUCCUUGUUCGUUUUGUCUUAUUCUCAAGUUCGUCGUUGGUAAUCUGUUUUAAUCUGGUCCAUCCCAAGCCAUCCCCGUUCCAUUUUUCGUUGAAUUCUUCUCUUUUCGGCUUUUCUUUUCUCACCAAACUUAUUUUUUAUGGUUUCUUUUGUGUUGAAAGUAAUUUUGACUAUAAAAGCGCUGGACCCGAAACAACGUUGCGUAGCAGUAAAGUAUGUGCUAGUGCUUGCGUCAGUUUGCGCCCGUUGAUCAACGACAUAUGUAUACCCUUGACGAACAAAAGCGUGGUAAUCGGAAUAACUUUCCAUAAAGAUAUUUUACAUGUUUGGUUUUCUGUGUAUCCUUCCUCGACAGAAGUGGAAAGAGUUAUCACAACUUCAGCCUGUCGUCUUUUGUGGGCGUCAUACAACAUGCUGGCAACAGGAAAAGCUCCCAGGGACCUCUGGGAAGCAAACUUAAUGCCGUGCAAGCUGAUUUGGCGAGACCCUCCAGUACGCAGUCAGUAGCCACACAGUUUGGUAAGUAAGGUCGAGAAUAGUCGUAGAGAACGUAACUGACGGUAAAACGGCCUUGCGUUAAACGCACAGACGAUUUGGCGCAAAAUGCUGUUGCGUGAAGCGCGGAUCAUGUUGUAAAGUUGUCACUCUCCUUUGCGAAGUUUUUCGACAGAAGUGAAGUCCUACGGAAUGUUUUCAAAUGUUAUAUGUGAUUUGUUGUGUUUGUUUGUCUUGUUUAGUGCGUUGUUUGUUUAUUUUUUUUCUGGUUUGCGUCUUUUAAUCAGCUUAUUGUGCGAAAGACAUAUUUUGCUCAGUCAAGUGAGACGGCUUUGUGCAGGCACCCCUGAAAAAGGACUAUGGGCCGUUGAACAAACUAUUUUAUCAAAUAACGGCGACCUAGAAAUUAAAAAAGCUUGCGUAUUUCUGUAGGUGACUGCUUAUCAUUAAAUCUGGAUUUAGUCUCGCUGUUUUCAUAUGCGUGUUGGAACGCUUUUGAAGACAAUAUAAUCACGGAAAUGAUGGAAUAGAUGUCUAAAUUUUUCUCAGGAGCUGGAAAGGACAGAGGAGGCCAGUUUGGUCAGAAAGACAAAAAGCCUACUACUCCAUCCGCUUUAACUUCUGCUGCCAGACUAGAGCAUUCGUUCGUUUUGCAAUCACUGCAAGAUUGUAUUGGUCCAAGAUUAUCACCCGAGGUAACUAUUGUCUCUUUACAAAGUGGUAGUAGUUGAAGAAAACUUCACGUUUGUGGCUUUAGCAAUCCAUCGUGUAUUCUCAGAGGUAAAUCUUAUUAACAAUUGCCACAGGAACACUUCCUAAGACUGACUCAUUGAAAUUCUCACUGUCGAUAGGGUGCAUAAUUUCCUAUUUAUUGUUUUUCUUCUUUGUCAACCUAUCAUUCAUUUUAAGCCUCUCGUUUACCUUCAGGAACUUAACGUAUUUAACAUGGUCCUACGUGAUGUUUUCUAUGGUCUUCCUAAACCUCCUGCCCCAGCAUUCCACAUAACCAAAGUGGUUCAAGAUUUCGAGACAGUUCUCUUGGCGCACACACGGGAGAAAGGUUUUGUCCCUCAUCAGCCCUGGAUUGCAAAGAUACACCAACUUUGGACUCUCUCCAAAGUUCACCGAGGUUAUUUAUUUCUUAAAAUUGUUGUUAGGUGAUCAUUUUAUUUAUCCCGCGUACAACAUAUACCUGUUCUUAGAGUUUUUAGAGAAACCGUGAUGCUGCGUCGGUGGGGGAAAUUAUAAGAUGAUUUAGUUUUAUCAACUGAGAUGGUAAUGGAAAUUGGCAACUGUAAAGACUUUCUAAAGCUGACGUUUCGAGCGUUAGCUCUUAGUCAUUCCCUUUGACGAAGGGCUAACGCUUGAAACGUCAGCUCCAGCGGAAACUCUUUACCUAUUAGCCUUUGUCAACCAAUUGCGCAGUGGAGACAAAUCAUAGAGCAUGCGGCGCAGUCCCCGCUUUUUCGUUUGUUUCCACAAAUUUGCCGCCUGGAGCAGGCUAUCGGAGCAUUGGGGAUUUGACAAUGGUGACAGCGCUAGGUUCACACCAUUAUAACAAGAAUACCAGUCUUCUACAUAGAGUCAGAAAUUAAUGGAGUUUACUUUUGGGUCGCGUUUUCGUAUCUUUGAAAUGUUUUUCGGUCUCCCUGGACCAAUUCCUUCAACAAUAAAGUAACAUUCAAAUUCAAUUCGCUAUCGAUUUGAAGUUGGUAAAGACCAAGCUGUUACGAUUACGAAUGGCAUAUUGACUAGGAAAGAACAUAUCUAAGGUUUUUUCUCUGCUCACACUAUUCCUAUACCACUUAGGAAUCAUUGUCGCCGGACCUCCCGGUACUGGCAAAUCCUCCUGUAUCUCAGGACUGGUGGAGACCCUCAGUGAAUGUUCACUGACAAAACACAAGAACACAGGUUCACAGAUGCAUACACACAAGUUACAGAGAAUAAAUCCAUUAGCAGUGUCUGAUCCAGCUCUGAUGUUUGGUAAAGUGAACUCAUCUUCAGAUUUUGAGGAUGGCAUCUUCACUGCUUACUUCAGGAAGGCCAACAAGGACCAUAGUGUGCAUAAGAUGACCACCUGGCUAUGCUUAGACGCUCCUUUGCAUCAAGGAUGGGCUGAGUUUCUGAGCAGCGCGUUGGAUAAAGGAGAGGUAAUGACAUGUCUAGAGAACUUUCCUCACUCGUUAGAACGCGGCUUUUAUGGGUUCUAAAGCACGGGUAGCAGAAUGGGUAGAUUUUGUCAGGACUGGCCAUAAAUGAGAUUCGUUUCCCGUAUCCAAGGCACCACAAUGUGUCUUUUUUAACCUUUUCACUCACAAUAUCUCAUUAGUAAUUUGUUGCCUCUCCUCCCCUCAACUCCCUGCUCGUUUCUCCUUAAAGGGACCAGAUGUAAGGGAAAUGGGUAAAAUGACUGCUGGAAAGUUUGCCAUUCAUUUUUUUUUCAGUUAUGUAAGACGAUUUAAGAUCAUUUCAAACAACCGUUUAUUUUACAAUCAUUUUUUUUUAAUUUCACCUUUGCUGUUUAUAACAUGUUUACCGAAAAAAGGAUUUCACGCAUCUCGCUGUGCGUGUGGUCAAUUUGCGAAAUCAUAUAAAACGGGCGGAUUGUUGUUGAAAGCCAGCGCACUAUGUUUAAUUGCCGCUAGCACGUUGAAGGAUGUUGUCUUCUGUCGGAAAUUAUGCACUUUCAAAGUAGUAAUGUUUGUGAUUUUGUCUCCGUGCCUUUUGUUGUUUCAGUAUCUGAACUUAUUGAACGGUGAAAGGCUAUAUCUAUCAGAAUAUGUCAAACUGAUUUUUGAGACAGAUGAUCUGACAGACGCUUCACCUUCCACUGUCUCCAGAUGUGUAAGUAUGGUUUGUCUCAAUUGUUCCUCUAGCUGUUAUAAGAAGUCAGUUUUGAAUUCUUGAAACUGCAGCUUCAUUUUGUCAAAUAGAAGUUCCAAGUCACCGCUUCCUCAUCAUUAUUGGUGCGCUGGGUGCAAAUAUAACACAUAAAGAUAAAUUAGCGUUAGCCCUUCGCCAGUCACUCUGACGAAAGUGAGAUGGCCACUGAGCCAAGGUUGACCCAUCGGGAAAAAGCGUCUAUGCUUGAUCAUACAAGUGUUGAUAUUGCUGUGGUCGCCUGAAAAAAAGUGCAGUAAAUUGGCUUAAGAUACCUAUUAUUUCCAGUUACGAUGUUUAACUUUAAACGCCCUUCACUCAAACGAGCCUCCUUGAAGCAGCACUUCACACAAACAACAUUGAAGUGUGUCCUUGUUUACUCUGGUUUUUAUUUUUAAUUUCAUUUGUGACCUUAGGGUGUGGUCUACAUGGAUGAGACUGUGUUGGGCUGGAGACCUUUGGCUGAAGCCUGGCUGGCAAACAGAUCUCCACAAGAAAGCCAUGUAGGUGUUUAUUAUCAACAAAUAAAUACAGUGCGUUUCUUAGAUCGAUCGAACCACGAAAUUAUUGUAAUUUGGGAAUAAUAGCGAAGAACUUUGAGCAGUUCUUAGGCUGACGCUUUGUUUCUUCCUCUUUCUUAGUGUCUGCAACGAGCUUUUAACAAGACCGUUGAUGUCAUCUCGCAGUUUGUUCACUAUGAAGCAAGGUUAGCUUUUGUUUUACCUUCUUAGUGGGCCAGCCUUUAUAAUCCAUUUAUAAGAGGGGGGGAGGGUAGGGGUGGCCUGGAUUCUUAUCAGGGAGGAUUAGCAAGAGGGAAGAAUGACCAAAUUUAAUCUUGUGAAAACGAGGGAAUCUAAAUCUAGCGGGAAUCUUGCAAAAUGUUUGCUUGUAUCGAUAUCUCCCCAAGUCGCUCUGCUUGUUGAGUCGCGAUCAGAGUCCUCCUGAGUUUGUUACGUUACUGGUUGUAAUCCUAUUUGUUUUCUCUUUUGUAGACCAUUCAUGAAAGUUUGCGAGGUGGGGCUGUUUAACACGUGUCUCGCACUGUUAAAGGCAUUGAUCGAGGUAAGCGUGAGACUUAUGUUGACUUUCCUGCUGUUGGUACUGCUGAGCUUGCAGUGCCACGCUAAUAAAGAGUUUACGAUCUUUCUUAACUCUGUGUUACCCUAGUACUUUUGUGAAGGUGUAUAAUUGCUUUUUUGGAGUUCAUAAAUUCCAAAAGCUGGGAAAAAUGCGUGCUGUUUCUCCAUUCAGUCUGUGUUCUAUAAUGAAGAAUGGAGAGUAACUUUACCAAUUUGCACUGCAGAGUCAUAUAAGUGAACGUAAAAAAUAAUGCAAGUUGCUGUGUUUCUGUUUAUGAUCAAAUGUUUCGAUCUCACCUCUUUUUAGGGCAACACUGACAUUGGUGGCGAGCUUCAUAUUGAGAGGUUGUACUUGUUCUCGCUUAUUUGGUCAUUUGGUGGCCUUUUGGAUGAACAAGACAGGAAGAAGUUCAGCGAGCUGUUACUGUCCCUGACAAGUGCCUUGCCAGAUUAUGAUCAAGAAAUCUCCGUGUUUGAUUAUUAUGUUGAUGAAUCUGGAGAGUGGGACCCGUGGCAGUCAAGGUGAGUUUUGUCACAGCGAUUCAGAGCCACUCUCUUGAACAAUUAUUUGUGGGAAAUUAAACCCAAUCGUUACCGACAUACCCGUAGCCAGGUGGCCAGAUAAAUGUAUUCACUUUUGGUUUUUUUUUCUUUUUCGAUAAAGAGUUCCAGAAGUAAGCUAUUUUGACGCAGCAGAUCUCCUCGGAGAGGUAUUCGUGGACACAGUUGACACAGUAAGUCCUCACAUCUCAUAAAUAUUAUCACAUUUUUAGCUUUACUGAUUGUAAUUUAACUUGCCUCUUCAUUUUCUUCAAUUAUUCCUUUUCAAUGUACAGCUAUUUUAAAAACACUAAGAAAGUCCCACAGUUGAAGCGCAUACGCUCAAUCAACAAAGCGAAUGAACGAUUUCUGCACAGAGGCUUUUAUUUAAUUUGUUAAGCACCGGGAUUUUUUUUUCAUAUAGAUCCGUACACGUCAGUUCAUGGAGUUGGCCAGCGCUUCUGGCAGAAACAUUUUGCUGACAGGUCCUGCAGGAUGUGGAAAAACAUCACUGAUCAGCGACUUCCUUGACAAGCAAGGUGAGCGUCAAAAACAAUGUAUCGUUAUGAAAAUCAGCACUUCCCGUUUUCUUUAGGCUGGAUAAUAAAACGCUAAAUAAAUUACAUUUUGACUCGAUAUUGCUUUACAACGACAUGGUCUUUCCUGAUAGAUUUAUGUUUUUCCAUUCUACUGUUUUUCAGAGGACAAGAACCAAAUUGUAAAACGCUAUGUCUAUUCAGGAACCUCGGGAGCUGCUUCAUUACAGCAUUUUAUUGAACAUAACAUUUACCAUAGACAAGGUGAGUUAACCCCAGUACCUGUCACUAACCGAGUGCGCAGUUUCGUACAGCCUGGGGUCAGUCCAGACCCCUUCUCAAUACAACGUACUCCUUCCCUUCAAGACAACCACUCGAGAGAGGAUAUUAUUGUACGACACUGUUUUGUGUUUUCGGGCCAUUUUCCUACUACACUGUAUCAUCAUUUUUUUUUUCUUUUACCAUUUUUACCUCCUUUAUGUACUUUUCCUCUCCCUCUAAGAGAGCUACGUGAUGGAGACCAUAACGAUAACGGUUGGACUAGCAAAAGAAAGAUUGAACACAUUGAAACAUAUUAAAAUUGAUUUGAAAACGGCGCGGGAGAGACCAUUUAAAAGCCAAUCGAUAUAUCAGUUAUCAGAGGCACAAUGUCAUCUAGUUACUAAAAAUUUUAAAACGGAGGUAAACAACUUUUCACACGGAGCGGCGAAACUCGGGCAGUACAAAAAUAAUUUCCCAUAAGCCCAUAAUUAGAUGACAUUACUUAUUGUGUGACACAGGAUUCGUGUAUGGUGCCAAGAGUGGAAAAAUACUCAACAUGUUUAUAGAUGAUCUUAGCCUUCCUCAGCGAGAUCAAUAUGGAACUCAGGAGGUCAACGAGGUGAGUUUAACCUUGCAUCUUUUUCCUCUUGAUCCUAUCUUUGCGACUGAAAUGCGCCUGGAAUAUACCGUGAGGCACAAAAAAAUACUUGCGGAAUGUCGGUUUUUUGUGUUUUCGCGAACAAAGUGUUGCGACCAGCGAUUCUCCGUUUAAACAGCCUAACAUUUAGAAAGAAACAAACUUAAUAUGUGCAAAUUUUUCUAACCUUUUGAGUAAUUUACAGAGCAGCUACAAGAUCGAUGGUUCCUUUAGGAGUGAAUCUGCAGGGGUUUCAUUAACUUUUCCCACAAGUGGCGCCUAAGGCGCAACCCAAACAGGAGAGCCUGCUCGCAGGCUAAUCAGUCAGCGGUGACCCUUCAGCUCCCAUGAGUGACCAAGACAGAAUUUCUCGUUACAAUUUCAAUAUAACUUCAUGAAGAAAGGAGAUGGGAAUUAAGAAAAAAUCAGCUAGGGGAUUAUUAGUUGAUCCAGUACCAAAUUCUCCAAAGUUAUUUCACAUGAAUUGUAGUGCAAACAGUAAUGGGGAACUACUAGUGAGAUUUUAGGAAUGAAAGGUUAAGAGGUCUUAUAGGCGGUAGUGGACUGUCAGCAACCGGCUUUUAUCGAAACCUCUGAAUCUAGACAUGACUUAAGACCGUCCAUGUCGCAGUUUAUUAUUUAUAAUAACUGAUUUUUUGUGGAUCGAUGACUUUCCACAAAACCCGAAAUAUUUUGAUUCCAUUCUAUGACAUGUGGUUUCCUGUCUCUUGUCUCUUGACUCUUGUAUGUAUUAGCUGUUACGACAAGUUCUCGAUGAAAAAGUCCUGUUUAACACCAAAAAGCCUUUUGACCGUCGUGUUUUAGAGGGUGUCGUCGUUACGGCGGCUAUGAACAUGCAGUCAGAACUGGUCACCAGCCAGCAAAUUCCUGAGAGACUAAAGGUGUGUAUUAAUAACGAUUUUACAACAUCGAUAAAAAUCUCUCUAGUAAGGAGGUAUUAUUUCAUUUGCACGCCAUUUUUACCUCCUGUUGAUCUUUACCCUUUUACUUUAGACAUGCUUACUUUUUCUGGUGACCUUUUUUUUUACUUGUUAACUUACAUUAACUUGUCUUGCAGCGCCAUUUUGCUGUAUUCCGUUUACCAGCUCCGUUAGAAGAGUCGCUCUUCACUAUUGUUACUUCCGUAUUGGAGGUGAGUACAGCCAUGGCUCUCUGUUUAACUUCAUCAAGAACGCGCAGCAGAACAAAACUAAAGGUUUUCAAGACUAACUUCAAAGCUUGGCUGAGAAAAAAAAUUAGUCUAUCAUUCAUCUGCUAUGUUACUAUUUUGACUCUUUUCGAAUGUUUCAUUUGUUUAGGCUAACAUGGCUCAGAAUCAAGGCAUGGGUUUGCCACAAGAGUUUCACGAGCAGAUAGUGAUGGCGUCGUGUAUGCUGCUCAACAGUUUGCAGGAUGUACUAAGACCUUCGCCAACUCCUGGAAGGUGUCAUUACCUGUUCAAUCUCAGGGAAAUCACGAGGGUGUUUCAGGUAGCUUACAUGCUCAGAAAUUAAUCGCAACUUGAACUGUACAUGUAGAGGUUGCUAGCUAAUUAACAAGGGAAUUCCAUGUUGCUUUACAUCUGUUUCGUAAUGGCUUCAAAAUGGGAUAUGAACGAAAAAGUGGCACGUGAUGUGCAGCCGAGUGUGUCACUGAUGUUCUUACCACAUUUUGACGUCAUAUGUGAUCUGUUACUGAACAGACUCACGGAAACAUAGAAUCUGUUUUUUUUUUAAUGAUAAAAAAUGUGUAAAAUGUUGUUAACGAUGACGUCAUUUAAGCGUUUGUCUCCCAAAAGAUCGUAAGUAAAAGCCAAUCAAAAUUUAGUUCAUCAUAUAACUAGUAUUUCAUAAAAGUUCACGUCUUUUAUGAGAGAGUUUGGAAACAAAACGUAUUACAUGGGUGGUGAUUGGGCCGAUUGAAUGGACAUUGGAUAAUACUCCGUCUAAACCUCGAUAGCCUUAGAUAUGUUUUACUCAGGCGUGGACAAUUUUCUCCUACCGUUAUCUUACACUGGUCUGCUGCUACCAAAUUGUUUUUAAAAAAUACUUGACGCUUUGAUCGAAUCGAGGGAGAGAGUCACGGGAAGGGGCACAAAUGGACGUGCCGUGGGAUUUCUAUCUGGGUAAAAUUCCUCUUGAUCCUCCUGAGAUCUCCGAAAACGGUGUCGAUCGCUAAAUAGAUUUAGAUACUUUUGGAAAUGAGGCAAUUGAAAUGAUGUUUCAGUCUGUUGACUCGAUCCUCUUUAAGAAAAAAGUUAAAAUGCAUAGUGAAAGCACGUCGGUUGAAGAUUUGUUUUUUGUGUGUCAGAACUUCGCAAAAAAUAGUCCCCCAGUGCUAAUGCACUGGCAAGCAGGCAGGUGAUACGAAUCAGGUAUAUUAUUAAUUUUGGGGUGUAUUGUUACUAGUUGAAAGAACUUUCCUUGAGAUUCUGGGAGUGAUAAGGUUGAAGUAGACUUGCAUUUUCUUUGUUGUGAUUACUGGAUGUUUUAAUUUCAGGGGUUAAAAAAUUGUUCAGAGGAGAUGCAGGCUGAUGAGGAAUACGUGGUAUCCCUGUGGCAGCAUGAAGUAACACGAGUGAUUAAGGACCGCAUAUGCCGAUCAUUAGAUAUUAAAUGGUUUGAGAAAACUCUCAAAACAAUUAUUAAAGAGGUACAACUGCAAAAAAGUUGUUUUGAUGGACUUAGUAGUUUAUGUACAGAGCAGAUUAGCUUAUUCUUUUUGUUUUGCUUCAGAACUUUCCAGAGCUUCCUGCCAAUUCUCCGUCUCCUCUGUUUAUUACUUUUCCACUGGAUGCAGGACUUUACGCUCAACGCCCUGUGACUCAGGGACGUGUUGCGCCAAAGGUUUGUUGUAGAAAAGAUUUCAAAGUAAAACCAAAUCACGUGAAAUGAAGUACUGUAAAUUUAACACUGCAGCAGCCCUCCAAAGGAGCCGUACCAGGUAGAUAGGAAUUUGUGACCAAACAUGAGUUUGGGGUCUGGAUUCACCAACCUUGCUGUAGAUUUAUUGAGAUAAGAGGGGUAGACAUUUUUAUGAAUAUUAUGAAUGUUUUUUAUAAGGUUUUCUCUCAUUAUUAACACUUUCCUUUCUCAUCAUUUGCAAUGUUAAAAGCUUGGUGAAAAUCCUAAGCAAAUAAACCUAAUUUAAAGUAGUGGACAGCACCAAUCUCCGUCGUGGAUUUGGCGAUGAAUAUUCGACUUUUUGUUUUGCUUGUUGUUGCAGAUCCUUCUUCAAGCUAUAAAUAACAUUGAAGACGUGUCCGCUUGUUUACAAAGCUAUCUGAAGCGUUACAAUGACGAGUUCAGCGGACUGGAUUUAAUGAUCUCAUCUCAUGUCAUGUUUCAUGUUGUCCGUCUGCAUAGAAUCUUAAGUUACAAGAACAGGUAAACAGCUGAUGAAUUAAAUCAUGUCGAAAUCUUGUCAUACUGGAAUUGAUACGCUUCAUUUUGAUAAAUCUGGUUGAGUGAGUUCAGAACCACUGUAUUUUAGCAAAGAGAAGAAGAGAUGAAAAGACUGAAUUAGCCUUAUUCCUUGGUUGUGCCUGUAAAGUUAUUUGUAGACUCAUACCAUGUUUCCGGUGAGCAGGAGUGAGGCUAAGGGUGAAAUUGUUGAGAUACAAACGUUGUUGCUUUUCAAAUGUAAAUUACUUUGUUAUCGUGCUAACUAGAUUUUGGUCUAUUUCACAACAAGGUCACCUUCAGCCUCACUCUAAAUCAAAGGCUUGGCAACUAAGUACACAACUGUAAAAUGACCUAUUAUGUUACAAAUACCUCGCAUGCUGCGUUGGAUCUCCACGUGAGGAAAAUUCGCGAUAAGGGGUUCAUUAUUUCUUGACACUCAUGAGAUCUCUGGAAACGGAAGUAAUCUAGAAAUAGAGAAUUUUAGAUCCUCGGAGGAGUUAGCUACGAAUAGGCGAUUUGAGUUCGCGCGGAAUACAUAGAAAUAGAAACUCGCAAGGCUUCAUUGUGAUCUCUAUGAUCAACACAGUUGGUUACUUGUAAUUUUUGGACGCAAUCAAGCUCUUUCCUGACUGAAAAAAACUAUGAAAGCUGUGGAUGCAUCGGGAUAUUGUUUGCGCCAAAACGCUCGACCACUAAUGUCCACGGAUGUUGUGUUUUUCUGCUAAACUAACCCAUGGUUCGCGCGCCCUUUGUUUCAGUAUUGGAAAAUCUCAAGCUCGUAAUCGUAUUCACCCAAAACUCACGAGGAAUCUAACUUACGGCCUAUUUGGGGGUUUCAAUCUCUGGACACCAUUCUCUCCUGAUUUUAGUCUUACGUGAGUCUCUAAUCUUCCUUUUUUCAAUGAUUUAUUCUUUUCUAACAGAGGGAAUGCAUUACUGAUUGGGUCGAUAGGGACUCACCUCAACUCCCUUGCAGCUUUAGCAUUGUACAUGCUGGAGUAUCCCAUUCACCCUGUGGACUGUUCUUAUCCAAACACGUUCCUCGAUGGACUCAGAUCUGCUGUGCGUCAAGCUGGCUGCGAUGGAAAGACCACCACUGUCUUGUUUACUGUAAGUAUAGACGUGGACCUGAACUUCCAGAAGAACAAUUUCACAUCGUUUCUGUUUACCGAGAUUCAGAGUAAACUAGUUUUAUAAAAAUCUCAGUGGUGGAGAAUCCUAAAUGCUCUAGUUUGAGCUGAGAGUGAAUAGCAUCUAAUGUCUCCUUACAAUAUCACCCGAAUCACCCAUUAAAGCCACGAGAAUGAAGGAAAUGAUCCUUAACUGAAGAAGCUCCUAAUUGUUCAACAAAUUCUCCUUGUUAACACCUUAGAGAUACAUGCAAAUGUCAGGGUCUAAAGGGUCAUUCAGGCCUCCUGAAACUGUCUAAAAGAAAUCAGGGAUGCAAAAGUUAUCUUUGAUUUUCGAAAUCGCCUUUUCGGGCGGAAUUCAGAUAUUAAGAUCAACUUUACAGUCAAAAGAUCUUUUUGUUCAAAUAGUUUACCAUUUAAGUGUGAGAUAAUUUCUUUCAAUGGUGGUGUUAUUUUGAUUUGAAAAUCAUGUUGUUUUUAUCCAGGCACCAGAUUUAAGGGAUGACAUGUAUUUGGACGCGUUAAACAGUUUACUUAUCAGCGGAGAGUAUCCACCAUUGUUUUCCGUCGAUGAAUUAGACAGCUUGCUGCAGGUAAGGUUUUCCUCUAACAUAUUGCCUCAGUCUUUUUGGUUUUUUUUAAUGCCAUUAUUGUCCCUGUUUGUCAAAUUCGCAUGUGUUAAAUGUUUCUUUUAUGUUUUAUUCACAGGCUUUGAUGCCAGCCAUCAAGAAGAAAUUCUCCAACUUUUUGGCGGACCCCAUGAAAUUUUUCAUCACUCGUGUGAAGGCCAAUCUUCACAUCAUCCUUUGUCUUCCACCCACUCAUAAGCUGCUUAGAAUUGGCCCAAGGUAUGACAUGAGAUAAACAUAAAAAUAAAUAAAGCUGAGUAAUUUCAGGAUUUUCCUAACCUCUUCGGCCGCCUCAUGAAGUAAAAACUAACCGGUCAGAGUUUCCUGUCAAUAAAUAUAGAUGGUCGCUUUUUAAAACUGGCAGAUCCAUUUCCAGACGAACUCGGCAUUUCGUUGUACUCUUGCAUUUUUUUCAAACGACUUAGGAUCUCUCCUUCCAGCUAAGCCAGGCCUGAUUAAUAGAAAGCGCACCCACGCUUAGUUCUAACUUUGAAAACGAGUUCGUUUGACCAUUAUUUACCCUUUACGCCAUAACAUCAGUAUGCAAAUUCUCCAUUCUGUUCCUCAUUCUUUUCACAGGGUGCUUACAAGGCUAAUCUUUGAAACAAUCAAGAGCUUCUUGAGUUCAUGAUCAUUUCCUUUUCUCUCAUUCGUGAUUGUGAUGUUUGAUUCAGAGAUGAUUCUGUUGGGAGGGGGGGAAGGAGAUUAGAUGCUUGUCACUUAUUGGGGUUUAAUCAUAUGAUACAUUUGUCCUUAUGUUCAUAGUUGUUACCCUGGUAUCCUGUAUGGCUGUCAAAUGGACUUUGUCAAGGACUGGCCUCAGUACGCAUUGGAAGGAGAAGCUAGCCAUUAUCUUAAGAAAUACAACGUGCUUGACGAUAUUUCUGAACAAACUAGGUACGUAAAGCGACAUCUUUAACAAGAUCUUAACAAAGCUUCUUCACAAUGUUUUGAGUAUUUUUAUGUAACUUGCAAAAUUUUCCUAAACCUGCGAAAAACUGUAAUAAAAUUAAUACGAAAACACAAAAAUGAAAGGAAUAGUUCAAACGUGAGGGAAAUGGUUCAACUAGAAGAUGACAAAUUUUUACAAGAAUUACAAAUUAGUCAUUUGAAAGUGUUAGGCUGCUUUUUAAUUCAAUCAAAACGUUUAGCUGUAUUUGUUGUACGUCCUGAUAUGUCUCUGAGCAAGCCAGUACGUUAGAACUACAUUUGUACAUGUUUUUCCAUGAUAGAAAUCUAUCCUUUUUCUAAGUCAAGGAACAUUUUUUCAAAACUUAGUGUCAUUCUCUGGGAACGCAAAAUAACUUUGUGUCUUCCCACUGCAUGUUUAAUGUGUUUAAGAAGCACAUGAUAAUCUCUUUAAGAAAUUUUGACAGAAUUGAUUGGUCACUUCUAUCAUCCUUUUGCGACUAUUCUGUAAUUUCGAUCGGAUCACGCUAAAUACCUCGAUGCGUUUUGUCACGGUAUACACUGUAUGUACUUAUAUAUCUUUGAAACACUGUGUAGAAGUUCUCGUAUACUUUUGCAGAGACAAAGUGGUUGUGUCCCUAUCCACCAUUCAUGGUCACGUGUUAAGAGAGUGUCACCAGAUCCCCUGGGCCGGGGACGACCAUCUCUUGACCAGAGCCGAAUCUCCUCCAGAAGAACCCAGCGCAAGCGAACCGCGCUCGCUGUCAAUCCUACUGGAGAAGAUUAACUUGAAGCAUCAAGACAACGGAGGAUCCAACAUAAUCGGGGACGUAUUUGUCGGGCCCACCACGUAUAUACAGUUCAUGCACUGCUUUAGACACAUCUUUAGAGACAAGAGAAAGGAGGCAAACGAACGAGUUGAUCAACUCACGUAAGUUGAUGUGAACGUUUGAAAAAAAAAUCUCAGUUUGUAGUACGUAUUACAUUCUUUUAAAUAUAGACACGAAAUUUUAAACCAAAACAAAAACACAAGGAUACGAUCAUGUUUACGACUUGCCUAAAGGUAGCUCUUGUCGUAGCAGAAUAGCCAGAGUUUUUUUGUUUUGUUUUGUUUUUUUUUUUAGGAUUCCGCUUUCCUCAGUUUAGCAACCGUUGAUCUUUGCACGCACUUAAAUCAAAUUUCUCUAAUGGUUGCAUUAAUUUGAUUAAGUUAUUUGUGCAUGUUCACAGUUUGGGGAAAAACACUCGUAUUAAUUCCUGUCUUUCUUUUGAUCUGCUUAACGUGAGUCAGCUCACUCAUUAUUUCCGUAUUCUUACCUUCUCUUCCUCUAUUUUCGUCAGCCGUGCCGUGGCGACCCUGGAGCUAACACGACAAGAUUCCGUGGUGAUCAAGGACGUGAUUUCAGACACCAAAAAGAAGUUGUCUGUUGCUACGGUCAAAUCAGAUGAGUUGCUGGAAGCCCUCACUGCCAAAGCUACAGCGCUAGAGAAACUUAAAGCUAAACUUGGUAUCGGCAGUGCCACUUUAAGUGCGUUUGUUGCACUCAUUGAUAGCGAGAUUGAAGACGAUGACUUAGCUCUAUUGCAGGUUUCUUGAUUCUCAUUGUUUAUAGUCUGUGAACAGGUUGUUUAAUCGAGGAUGGGGUGAAGAGUAAAAUAGGACGAAAAAGAGCGAGAGAAGGGUAGGGUGGGGUAGGCGCUCUUCUUCCCCUGACCCUCUUCCCCGCCGGCCGCUUUACUUGAAGCCAAUUUCUCCCCGGUCCUUUCAACCGGAGCCUAUUCAACGGCUGAGUGUUUCAUACUCUUGUGCUGCUUUUAUUGUUAUCUCUAUAGUUAAAGGGGUAGUGUUUUUAAGUAAAAGAAAUUUCCAUUUUAUAACAGUUAUGUGGUGGAAAGCCGAAACUAAGCCAAUUUCUCUACUUGUCUAUAUUUCUCCUUCUUUUUCCUUUUGUGUUUGAUUAUGCUUGCUUCUGAUGUGAGAAUGCAGGCAUUUUAGGACGUUGUGAAUGGUAAAACGGAUGUUGAGUCUCCCUGUUUGUGGUAUUUGCUUCUUGCUGGCUCAAUCUUUUCUUGACUCACGCUGUUAUUCAUAAAAUCGUUGGUUUUUGUGUUCGUUUGUUAACUGUCCGUCUGUCCGUUUAUUACAAGGUAAUUUGGAAUUAUCAACAGAGCUGAUAGCGUUAAUUGGCUACCGUUUAGAGUUUCAAAGCCGACGUUUCGAGCUUAAGCCCUUCGUUAGAGCGAAAUCAUUCGCUCGAACGAAAUCAUUCGUUCGAUCAUUCUCUCUGAUGAAGGACUAACGCUUGAAACCUCAGCUUUGAAACUCUUAACGGUGGCCAAUUUACGUUAUCAACUCAGUUGAUAAUAGUAUGUACCUUGUUAUACUCUCCCACCAAAGCAGAACCACAGUUUUUUUGAGAAACUUAGCCCCUUAAUUUGUUCCUUUGUUAAUUAAUCAGUCUGUUCGUUUGUUCAGUCAUAUAUUUGUUUAUCAAUUACUCCGAUUGUUAGCGUUUGAUUUUAGCGGUAGUUUAAGGCCUCACUCGUACUCCAAUACCAUCGUUAUUCUUACAUUUCGUCUCCAUUUGAUUGUGCGCGGUAGGAUGAUGAAGCGGACGAGUUAGAUGAAGAGUUUGAGAAACUGAAGAAAACCAACAUAAAGAGCCGCCAAUUGAAGGUACUGGAGGCGAUUUCUCACGCAGAGGAUGAAGUAAAGGAAACUAAAGUGGCUUUGAAGAAAUCUGAGGAGCAGGUUGGUUCAGCAAAAGUGAUUCCUCCCAUUGACUCUCAAAUUUGAUAAGAACUUGCCCAUUGUGAUGUUAUUUUCCAACAAAUAGGUGGCGAAAGUAGCCUUAGAAAUUCACUGCAAAGUUUUUAGUCGCUUGAUUGACUGUCGUAAAUCCUUGGUGGAUAGAUUCACACAAUGCCUCCCUCCAUCCGGGAGAGUUAAUGGCUACCGUCGAAUUUCCUGGGAUAGCUAUAUUCCUAGUAACCACUGGGAUGACCGAUGAUCCUUGGGUAGCUACGGGUCGCUGGGUUUGCAAUACAUAAUCUAACCGUAUUUAUGUUGUAUGUAGGUUAAACACUGGAUGCAUAAGGUUGACAGAUCUUUAUGCGAGCGCCUCAGAGCUUUUCAAAGCCCCCCGCCUAUGGCCGGUAUGGUUAUGGUGAUGGUAAUGGUGUUACUGGGUAGACCGGAGUUUGCUCCGGGUAUCGGAGGAGCGGGAUCCACCCUUCCACCCCCGACUAGGCACGAUCGGAGAGGAGAUCAUAGUUCUUCUCUAGGGACUGGGUCAGAUGAGGCGUCUCGCGCGAGCUCCGCGCCACACAAGAAACGGGGCUUUAAGGAACAAUCUCAGAAGGGAGGAGCACAGGCUCCACUCUUGGGUAUGAAAUCAUUUCUUUUCUAAAUGUGCGUCUGACUUGCUAAGCUUUUUAUCUUAAUUGUGUCAUUUUUCAAAUUUGUUGCUAAAUCGCCUUUCUUUCUUUCUUUCUUUCCUUUCCGUUUUUAACUCGUGAAUUGCGCGCAUGCGCAAGAGCGAGUUAUAGAUACCAUGUGGGGAAUGGCAUUCGCUCGCUCGCUCGGUUGGUCGAUUCCUGUAAACUUUUUUUUAGAUUUUAGGCUUUUGAGUGCAUUUGAUAGUUUUUAGCGAGCAAUAAAAAAAAGAAAUGGCGACCUUUGUUGCUAAGAAUAGUGGUGGGGUGAAAAAGAAGCCAAUGAUAAUCUUAAAAGAGUUUUUUUUUUUCGUUUUAGUUUCAACAAGCGGCGCCAGCGACUGGCAGGCAUGCAAGGAUUCACACUGAAAUAACAGAACAACCUUCGUUUUUCAUAAAAUUGUAAUUUACAAUCCUUGAACUCGAAAACAAUCCGAAGAUUCAUUGAAAAUAUUACUUACUGCCAAGCGCUCGAAGUUUACAGAUGUUCAAAAGCUUUUUCUGUUAUGGCGUGAGAUUGAGGACAAAAUUGAUUAUUACGUUUCGUCGCGUGUGUUUUUCCUGUGUGAAGCAACAGAAGAUGCCGGCGACUGACGAAAUUACAAGUUAACACGAAAAUCAAAUAACACCUAAACAAACAAUUUUAGCAACCGAUUUUCAGUGAAUUUUUAAAGAACAAUUUUCUUUUAAGUUUAAAGACAAUUUGAAGAUUUAACAUACAUACAACGUACUAAAAUGCGAAAGUUACACACCACAAAAUUGAUAAAUAGGCCUGAAAUGAAAUUCUAUCUUGUUGUUGAUUAUACGUUGCCUAGCACGUGACUUAAAUCUACCCAGGCGGAGAUCCAAAAUGACGGUGGCAGGCUUGGCUUAGUUAUAUCACUCAAAACUCGUUCCAGUUUGUCUCAUUUGAUAAAGAGGGAAUCGUUAGUGUUUUCAUUAAGACAGUAUUGCCUUGAUUUUCUAAUAUUUACAACGAAAGACAGUAAAUUUCACUUUUCACCCACAUUUACUUCCAACCUUUUCUUUUGAACCAGAAACAAAAAUGAUAGACGUUUAAAACACAUGACAUCAUCCACCUUGUCAAAUGUAAUAGCAUGAUCAUUUCAAUUGUAAUGCCUUCUUAUCCCAACGUUACUUUGUUUCUUUGCUACAUUAGCGAACACUGAACUACUGCUCGUACUCUAGCUAUGACAAUCAACCACAAAAUUCCCUAAACCAGAUAACAUUAAACAUAAUCUAAAAAAUCAUGUGUCAAUUCACGAGUUUGCUCACAGAGCACUUUGAUUUCUUCCUUUCAUCAAUAUUUCACUUUUCUCAAUCAUAGGAGUGAAUGCCGAGGGUAAGGUUGACCGCUCGACAUGGAAAGCUAUCCAGCAAAUUAUGAACGACUCGCAGAAGUUUGUCGAAUCUCUACAUCACGUUCCCUGGAAAGAAGGACUACCCGACGACAUCCUCAAAGGUGUUCAGUCCUUUUUGGCCACUUCCAGCGGCGGAGAAGUCUCUGACAGUGACCUGCGCACUGCUGCGCCAGGUGCCAGUGCGAGUACUUACCAGUCUUCCCCCGGUCGAACAAUGAUUACCCCAGGUAAUAUUAGUUUGAGUUAGUGAGUUUAUAGUUUGCUAGCAGGAAAAGGCCGGCGAAGGUUAGGCAUAACGCAGAACACGUACCAUUUUCUUUGACUAUUCUCUUUAACGUGUCUUCAAACCGAAGCCUCUUUGUAAACCGAAGAUUUCGAUGUAAGAGAGUUAUUGAAGGUCCUUCAUUCCUGGAUUCGGCGGAUUAAGUACGCUUAACUAUUAAUGAAAAGGUUCAGAUAUGAGCCCUUGUGUGGUCAAUUUGAUUUAAUCUUUUGCAAACUUCUUCACUCGUGGAGCGCCGCGCUCCACCAAGAAGUUUGAGUGAAUGGUCGGGAACUUUGAUGGAAACAUCAUGAAUUGGGAGGGAGGGGUUACUGGCGAUAGAUGAGCAGCAUCCCGUCCUAUCGCAGAAGAAACACUCCUAGUCACUUUACAUUGAAAGCGAGAUAAACUCUGAUAGAAAGAGACCAGUAGGCAUGUAAGAUAGGGCCAUGACGAAAUGUAGAAAUUUCAUAAUACAUCAGAGACUUUUAAGUUAAAAAUUAUCUGUUAAAGGAAAAUCUCGAAAUAACGAUUGGUAGUUAAAAGCUUUUCAGUGGUCUGUUUUUCUCCAUAAAUUUUCCCAAUUUCUUAUUAUUUUUAAACAGAAAAGAAACCACAAGGAAUCACCAUCACAGCAGCUAAAUAUUCAUCAGAGGAUGCUGCGGUUCUCGUGGAGUACACUGUUGCUUUAGUGGAGUACACAAGUCGGUACCAUCCUUACAAAAAGGCUUGCGAUAACUUGGAAGAGCUGAUGACGGAACGUGAAGAGGACGAGAGACGAGCUGAAAUCGAUCAAGAUGCAGAAAACAAAGAAAAGGAAAAGGCAAGGAAAGGUUUUGAAAAUCAUUUCCCCAAACAGGAACAUCAAGGAAACCCGACAGAAUUAUAAAAUUCUUGUGAAAAAUGUUACGCGGCUUGUCUGAUGUAGCGUUUCUGACCUUUUGUAAUUCGUAGGCAAACUCGUGUGGGAUUACGCUCAAAUCACCUUGGUAAAUUCAAUAUAUUGGCAGUCUGAAAGGAUAAUUGAUAUAGGUUUAAUUAGCAGUCGUGGUUGAGUAGUUAACAUAAGGACGUAAGGUCUCUCUGCUCCAAGGGAAAGAAUCAUUUAGCAGCAAUGUUCGACGAAAUACCUUUCUUUUUCUUCGCAUUCAUUCAUCGAUGCAAUAUGGCCAUUUAUUGCUCAUUUUGUUACUUGAAGGUAAACACGCCUGAGCCAGAAGUCGAGCUGACCGAAGCUGACUUGCCAGAUCUCCAAGAAACUGUAACAAAGCUGCAGAAAGAGUAUGAUGAUGCAGUGGUGGUGAAACAUGACCUUAGCAAUGAUGUCAGGUCAUGUAGUGAGAGGCUCAAGGCUGCUACCGACUUAUUGCAUAGGUAAAGAUAUCUUGUGAACUGUCAAUCUGUCUGUCUAUCCAUCUGUCUGUCUUCCUUGCCUUGUCUGCCCGCAUUUCUUCUCUUUUCAUUUAUCUGUCUCUUUAUGUCUUUACCCAUCUGUCUGUGUGUCUCUCUAUCUGUCUGACUGUUCAUUUGUCGGUCAGUUUGUCGGUCUGGGUCUUUGUUUGUUUCUCUGCGUAUCUGUCGGUGUCUAUCUGCCUUUUUUUUUCUGCCUGCUGAUUUCUAUGUCCGUCUUUUCGUCUAUCUGUCUCCUCGUGUGUUUGUCUGUCACGCUCUCUGUUUGACAAUUUGAUAUGGGAAUGUAGAGGCAAUUAAGUUAUUUGUGUUGGUUAGUGGUCGACAUGGGCAAGCAGUUGUCUCGUCAACCGAUAGUGGUGUCACCUGAUUAUGAUCUGUAAUUACUCACUGCAAUGAACUCUUAUAGGAAAUUAGAGUUGACCAUGUCUGAAAUGAGUUUAGACAAUAGGACUGGGUCGUAACCACAAGUGCAACAUCAGUGCGAAGAAUUCUAAUCCAACUACAGUCUUACUUAUUCUGUAUGGAUAUUAAUAAAUCAAAACGAAUUCUCCUCAUACACAUUUGGAACUCUGGGAAUCUAAAUGAUACACCAGUUCGUACCUGAAAAAGGUUGUUGAGUACUCCCCAUCUACAAGGUGACAAACACAAAAUUUGAAGUAGAACAUAUAGCAGAUUUCUAGCUGAAAACGAAAAGAAUUACUUCCCUUCCUUUCUUGUUACAUGGGUUGUGUUUGGUAAAAUUUUCGUCCGUUUAUCGUCAUCAUCACUAUUAUUAUUAUUAAUAAUGUCAUCUUAUUUUUGAAUAAUUAUUACUUCAUGUAGCCUGAAAUAUAUGGAGCGAGAAUGGAAAGCGUAUGUUGACGAGUACACCUCAUCUGAAAUUCUUCUGUCCAAUUGUAUCGCUGCAGCAGCUUUUCUAACUUACUGUGGUGCAAUGGGAGUCGACAGGAGGUAACCAAAUCAGUUGAUCUUGAGCUCAAAGAUUUCAAGGAACGCGUAGGGCAAUUUGCUGAAUUCAAUAGAGCUUUAAAAACACCAAUUUUUCUAUUUACGCAAGAAACCCUCGGUUUCUUUUCUCUCUUUGGCCCUUUAGAGUGACUGGCAUCUAAAUUCUUCCCUCGUGAUCAUUUCUGGAUCACAGAGGUCACGAGGAUACGAGGAUAAAGGAGAUUAUCACCAAUUAAAGAAGCUCUUGAUUGAUAAACAAAUUCUCCGUGUCACCACCUAAGGGAAUGUAUAAAGAACAGUAUGGAGAAUACGCAUAUUGAUGUUAUAGUGAAAAGGGUUAAAAGUGACCAGAGUGAUUUAUGAUUAGUAGUGACAGUAAAUACAUUCAAUUUUAACUUGACGAAUUUUUUUUCAUACCCUCAGUGAUCUGCGUGCUAUUUAUGUAUCAGUAACCCAUUACUUUGUUUUCCCUCUCAGGAAACGGAUGGGCAAGUUUUUCAUGCAAGUGUGCAGGGAUAAUGGUUUGAAAGUCCAGUAUCAGCAUCUCUUUGAUCGUCAUACCCUUCCAGAGUUCCUAAAGGGAAAGGUUUGUUAGCUUCAUUGUGAUGUCAUAGUGUUGCGAUGUAUUUAAAUCUAGGAAAUGUAUCGAUAGUAGGGAGUGUUAUAUUUAGCAGUCUCGAUUUUACUCAAUAUUGUUUUCCACGACAGAUAAAGCUGUAGUAAAGUGCGAAUCGAUCGUAUUUUGUGAUACAACUCAACAGAUUGUUCUGAAGACAUGGGAGAACCUGCAGCUUCCAACAGACCCCAUCUCCAUGGAUACUAUAUGCAUCUUCUCACAGGAAGAGAGUUCGGACUCAUGGGCUUUGUUGUGUGAUCCUCAGAGAAUCGCUAUCACUUGGGUAUUGACCAUGUUAGGACAAUCGACACUCGUCAAGUACAAGGUGACAAAUCUUGACCGGAGUGAUAAAAAAAAUUGUUUAAUGAACACUUUGAAAUAAAGUAAGUGGCCUAUUUUGUGUGAGCUCUUUCGGAGAGGUAGUUCCUUUUUUUUCUGGCAUCGUGCAAGGAUAUGACAGAUUUUGGUGAUAUUAUUGAAUCUGGUGAAUAUUCUCUUGCAAAACUAUAGCGGCAUUAUAAGGCCUGUAAAGGUUCGCUUUUGGUUCUGUUGUUUUAUCGGGUUUGACGGUUCAGCUGCUCUAUUUCCCUCUUUUGUUUGUAUCCGUUGUCUUUUUAGUUUGAAUUGUUUAUGAUUAUUGAAAAACGCCGUCAAAAUAACUAUGUGUUUCUGACUCUCUUGUUUGUUGCCUCUUUCAAAGUCAAGCAGUAGAGCCCCUGAUACUCCCAAUUGAGGUCUGAGGGAUUCAGAGAAGUAGUUCAUUAAGCAUUGCGCUAAUCGGCUUUCUGUGUGUAUCUCGACAGGAACUUCGUGGUCAUCUGGAGACAUGUUUAAUGGAGGGCACCACUCUUGUAGUAACUGACGUGGAUGUGAACGAGUUAGAGUUUGAUAGUCGAUUCUACUUCAUACUCCGAAGUCGCUACAGAUUCCUUACAUCAAGUACACCAUUCAAACUCAUGGUAAGAUCUUACUAAGGAAUGCCAGCAAUCUAAGAUUGCUGUUGUAGCGUAAUGAAUUGGUUGAAACAAGCCGCUGACCAGAAUUCUGUUCUACUGAAGUACUUUGAAAGAUAAUCGAUAGCUGAUAAAGACGGAUAAUUAUAGCAAGUAGUAGUAUCGUCGCCGGUUUUGUGAUGCGCCUAAACAUUAUUGACAGACAAGUGUUUGUGACAAACGAGAAAAAUUCUCUCUUGAGACUUCUCAUAGCACCUGUUUAUCUGUACUGGUGACUUAUCAGUUUGUUUUUAUAUAAAUAUUUGUUUGGAAAGAGACAAACAAGCUGAUUAGUCAUAGGCAAGACCUAGAAGUAGACAUUGAGAUCACCACAAACAACUCCAGCUGAUAACAAGAACGGGAUUUGAACCCAAAGUGACUUUCUUGAUGUUGGGUACUUCAGACCUCUCGGUUAUGCUGCCCUCGCGUAUUGUUGUUUUCAUUAAUCGUGGUAUUCACACAAUUCUGUUCCAGGUUGGUGAGCAUGAAAUUGAGUGCCAACCAGGUUUCAGGUAAGUUAUGCAACAUUUUGCGCGUCAAAUGAAAAAAAAUGUAAUCUGCUAACCAUGCAGAUUUGACAAGCAGUUAUGGCUUGCAACUUACGUUGAACAAAUUCAGACUCAAUUGUAUGAACUAUCAGUACAGUUCAGCAACAGUUAUUCUCAUUGUCAUUUUUUUUUUCGUGAACAUACUGAACUGGCCGGCCAGACCAUAGGUGCAUUCAUUAGUCACAACUCCCCCUGGUGAUUAUACAAUUUUUUUACUGAUUGUACCCCCUAUUCCGAUUGUAAUAAUCUAUAUGAAAAAAUUACGAGCUUCUGAUUGGCUGAAAACGAGUGCAUUCUCAUAUAACUCGAGUGCAAAGCUGUAACACUAGUGCAAAGUUGUAACACGAGUGCAAAAUUGUAACAAAUAGCGCGCGCACGCCUUCAAAAUUCGUCUGCCUUGACUUUCUGCAAUGUUUUCUCAUGUACGUUAUUAACAAGUAUUAACAUGAUUUUUCCUGGACUUUGGUGUAAUAACCACCAGUAAAUUUUUCAAAGACUACAUAUUACAAUUACCCUACGGGCUCGUGCAAUUUUGUUGUCUCUUGCUUAUCAACACCAAAUUGCACUCGAAAUCAUGUUGUCACCCAUGCUAAUUCCAUAGAUGUUAAGAAACUCUCGAAAGAAAGGUCUCUUCUUGCGCAAACUAACGAUCGAGUGGGUUAGCAAACUCUUUCAGUUAACCAAUUGCUCUCUAUCUUAGAAAUAGCUUAGAGCCGCCUUUGGAAUUUCCUUAUCAAAUCUUAUCUCCGCUCUUAGGUUGGUAUUAGCUACGACGUUUUCGAGUAAAUCUGUCCCAUCUAGCAUAGCGGCUUAUGUGAAUGUAGUUGAAUUUAGUCAGUCACGAGACGGCUUGGAGGAGAUGUUCCUGGAUAGGUUCAUGAGACUUGAAAAACCACGGAUGCAGGAAACAAGGACACAAGUAGUGGAUGUAAGUAGAACAGCAACAACUGUUAAAACUGCUUAGAAUAGAGAGCUAGAUCUUCAGAAAGGUGUUACAGUGAAAGUGGAGGCGAAGCUGUAGUAUGAAAACUUUCAUCAAAAUUGAAUUUUCUGAACUUUUUCAGUGUGUCCAAACUAUACUCAUAUGAUUGCGCUGCACUAAACCGUCCCGAAUAGUUGAUACUAAUAACAUUUUAUGGCUUGUUUUGCAUAUUCAUCUUGAUUGAUUACAAUAGUCAACAGGGUACGCGUCGCCUGAUUAAGCACUAUGCUGUGAUUGUUUGAAAUGCAUCAAUCACAGCGGAGCUUGCUUGCAGAAGACCAACAUUUUGUGGUCGAUACGUGGUGAACUACUGCGGAAGAGACUACAUCGUGAGACAAAUGAUAGGACUACAGUAUUAUAUGGAGGGACUGUUAAAAAAAUGUACCGCAUGAAUGGAUUUCGCCCGCGAAAGGCUUUUUUGAGCGGCUUAGUCAAGAAUGUGUGCGCUUGUGUCGUUACUUACAAUCUCAUCUGUGUGAAGUUUAAAGAUAACACUGAUGGAAGUCUUUCUCUUUUUAAUUUGGCCAUUGCCUUUUGUAACAGGAAAUGGUGACUCUUAUGGAAGGUUUGCGCGAAGCAGAAGAGAACAUUUUAGAAUGUUUAGGAAGUGGACAUCGCCUUCUUUACAACUUAGCAGCCACCAAGAAACUUGCCUCUAUAAAGAAACAGCACGAGGAGAUUGUUGAAGGGUUGGUAUUAAUUCUUUCAUUCCCGCGAUCGAAAUGUAAUUUUUUCCUCCUUGUCGUUUUUUUUCCUCUGAGAAAUUUCUGCCUAAUCAAAUGAUAUCUUAGAAGUGAUACUUUUUAUCUCUAAUAAACUCUUUGCUUGAAAAGGCAAAGAUAUCAUAAAGAGAAAUUGUUUUUUAGUCACCCCUGGGGAGGGAAGGGUUACGUCUGUUCUCUGUAAAGGAACACCAUUUGGGUGUUUUCAACUUGUUACAAAGAUUUUAAAACAAAAAACCACACCAGGGAAGAAAACUGUUCUGAUUGUUUCCUGACCAAAAUUUAUUAAAAGAUUCAUUUUCAUAUGUUUACAAGUGACUCUUCAAUACCUCUCAAUUGUCUAUGUCUCAAAAAUUGUGUAUGUUAACAACCAACCUUUCUUUUAUUUUUCUGAAGCCAAACACGGUCUCGAGGCAUUGAAAACUCUAUUCUACAAUCACGUGAGGGAUAUCGACCAAUCGCUCGCCGUGCAGCAGUGAUGUUUGAUGUUGCCAGGAUCAUGGCUGAGAUCAAUACUUCUUACCAGACCUCUCUCGCCCAGUUUCUGACGGUGUUUGAUGCUGCUAUAAAACACUCAGAAAGGUAAACCUGUGUGAAAUUAGCCAAGAGAUAUGCCAAGGUCAGGGUGAAUUUUAUGAUGGCUUUAGGCCUAAGGUCACGUGUACUCUAGCUGAAGCGACCAGGGUUUGUCAUAUCGCCUACAAGCUUGUAAAUGGGUGCAAGCAAAUGAUAAAGGGACAGUAUGGGAAAUGGCGAAGGGGUUAUCUAAAGAAGAAUGAUAUUCUGCCCAUUGGAGGUGUAACUUUCCCAAUUUGGUUCAUGCUUACAGAAACUUUAAUUUUCAUUAAUAUAGUGAUAUUCUUUUUUCUGUGAUGGUCUUCAAACUGUUUUUUGGCGUAGAUCCGCUACAUUGGCCGAGACCACGAGCUACUGUUCUCCGAGAAAUAGGACAAAAUGAUCGCGUGAAUUGACGAAAGCUUCCGAACCACGCCCGAUAUUCUCAAGAAGAACUUUUAACAAACGUUUGAAGGUUUUACUCUUUUCUUUCUCUUUCAGAACUGCUGUAAAAGCAGUGGUGGAGAGGUUAACCCAAAGCGCGUUCUACACGGCAGCUCGAGCUCUGUUUGAACGGGACAGGCCUCUUUUUUCCUUACUUUGUGCUAUUGAGGUAAACUCAACUCUGUCAUAACAGGCUUGCUUAAUUAUUAUUUCUUGCUGGUGGAACUGUUAAUUCUUCAUUUUGUCACAUCCUCCUGCCCCUUUCUUUCCCACGGAUAGUGAUAGAGCCUGUCACCAGCAUUGGUUAUUUUAGUAUGGAGAGAUGUCUUUGAAGAUGGAAAUUGGAAAAAAAAAAGAAAAGUUCGAAAAUGAUUAAAUCUUUUGAUUGAGACAGCUCUAUUUGCAAUGAUGAUAUGAGAUGAGUUGAGAUGGGCUUGUGGUCGGUGCAUUGACUCAUAAAUUGAGUCAUAACUUUCUUUCUCGUGGCUACCCGAGUCAUUGAGUUGAGCGACAUGCUUUCACUCCACAUCAUUUCUUGCCUCCCAGGAGCUUAAAUGGGUGGCAGCGACCUGUCGGAAACGAAGCGACGGGUUGGAGUAGUGAAAAUACUCACAGUAGCAUGUAACCUAGAGAGGCCCAGUUCGCUCCUAGUGUUAAAUCAGUGAAAGCUAGUUUAAAUAAUUAUUGACGGAAGGAAGAAACUUCUCGUUUACAUCACCUUCUUCUUCGUUGUGUCCACUUGUAGGUUGAAGACUCGAGUGGUCGUGUGGGCCCUGGUGACCGCGAGUUCUUGAUUCACCCAUCAUUCGGUGCGGCUGUGAAAACCGCGCUUCAACCCAGCGCCAUGUCUGAAGCUGCGUCUCGCACUCUUUCUAAGAAGCCUUUUGAUUGGUUGUUAGACGAGCAGUAUUCUUAUCUUCAGGUGAGUGUCAAGUAGCGCCACUUGAGGACAAGAAACCUUGUCUCGAAGCGAAUUCAGGAGAUAAGAGAGAGCUUUGCCUUCCUGGUCUCUUUGAGGCAAGAAGUCUGACUAUUUUCAUCAAUGACUUCAAUAAAUGAUACAAACAGCUACUCAAAAAAUUAAUAAACAUCUCAUUCUUAACAAGGCAGGGGGGAUACGGUAGGGAAAUAUUCUGGUAACGACAAUCCACAUUAAUCGCGUGCUGCGCUCGUGAGUCGUGAUACACGGUUAAGGUCUAUUUUCCAACCUCAGUUAUUUUCCUCAAGAUAAACUGCGUUGUUGAACUGAUACAUAUUUCUCUGCUUUUAGCUUUUAGCAACCCAUUUUGAGUGGUUUCAGGACGCUUUCGAAAAGAUGACAAAAGAUGGACGUGAAACACAAUGGAGGCAAAUUACGGAACAUGAAAAACCUGAGCUGGUUGCCCUUCCAGACGGCCUGGACGAUAAGUAGGUUGCGAAUGAUUAUGGCCAUGUGAUAAACAGUUUUUCUUACGAACACCUCAACAGUUAAAACGUACAGCUCAUUUGUUUUAAGCCUUUGGAUAGCAUGAUAAACUGUUGCGGUUGCGUUCUAUACCUGUCAGAACUGUCUUGAUAUGAGUUCUUUCUGCACGGUUUUCAGAUUUACUCUGAUUCAGAGGUUCAUGGUGAUCCGAUCCCUCCGUGGAGACCGCUUGAUGCCAGCUGCAACGUGUUUUAUUACGUCUGUUUUGGGAAAGAAGUAAGUUUCCAACCUAUUGGUUGAAGUUUGACGUUUUCUCACAUCGUCGUCUUCAAUGUCCGCUUAAAAAAAAAAAACAUGUUUCGUUUCAUUUACGAAAACAUUUUGAAAACAUCACGAGGACGUUCCUCCGCCUUAAGUGUCAAACUUUUCUCACUUAAAACCGUAAAUUGAAUAAUGGAUGAUCUUAUUUUGCGUUCCACUCAAGGUCUCACUAGGUUCGAUUUCCGUCAUUUUCGCGACUCCGGUCGUUGAUCUUCGUAAGAGGGAACUUUUAGUCUCGUAAGGAACGCAAAAGGGAUCGCAUUCCGAACACAGAUGGGUUGUCGAGCCUAAGUCACCAGAGUCUUCGACUUAUCACCUCUCAUUCUGCUCCUGGAAUCUUUAAGACUGUAUCGCAGUUUCAGAAGGCACAGAUUCUUAUUGCAUGUAAUGGUCUUGACUAUGAAUUUGCACAGCGUAACUGAUUCAUGGAUAAUGAUUUGUUAUACUUGUUGACGAUUUUGGCAGUUUUAAGAAAUUUGAAGAGGCAUGUUUAUCGUUCUUUUCAUUACUUUAUUCCCGACAGAUACACUACGGAAGUGCCACUGGACUUACCGUUUGCGUAUCGUCAGAGCGAGAGUCGCACACCAAUUGUGCUGCUGUAUACCCAAGAAGCCAAUAUGGUGGAAAAGUUGGUUAUUGAAGGAGCGCAAAGGAAACAGGUGUGCAAGUCGUUUGUUUGUAAGAAUAGUUGGUGUCAAAAGUGUAACGAUUUCUUUGUUUGUUUGUGUUUCAAAUUUUCUUUGUUAAUACUAGACUUUAUGGAUUUCUCGCUUCCAAUUUGUUUCUCGGCAGGUGGAGUUGCAUGUUCUUGCUCUAGCAAAUGUUGGAAUUGGCGAAGAACGUGCGGCAAGAAAGACGAUCCACAAGGCCAUGGUACAGGUGUGUAAACUUCAGCAGUGAAACUUGUUAACAUUUGCCCUAUAGUAAGGUAGAGGUGCUCCUUCUUGCUAUUUGAUAGUGAUUGUAAUCGUAAAGCCCAACCAAUGCAAAGGUUAAUAUUUCAGGGAGGUAAUUCAAAGAAAACGUUAUUAGUUGUAUACGAUUCAAGCGCGGAGACGUGAAUGACCAACACGUGGUUGAUUUAAAUUUGCUGCUGAUGUGCUACGAGAGUGCUGCACGUUUUCUACUUUCUAGUGUUUCUUGUGUUUACUUACUUUCUUUGCAAACAAAAUUUUUUCUAACUUGUUUUCUUUAUCCAGGGUCACUGGGUUCUUCUUCAUAACGCACACAAUUCACCCCGUCUCCUGGCAGCACUUGACUCGUUCAUGCAGGAGACCAAGACAGUGGACAGCGAGUUUAGACUGUGGGUGUCCGUCCAGCCACACCCAGACAUACCUUCCUCUCUUCUGCAAUCUGCUGUAAAGGUUGUAGCUGACUCACCAAAGGUACCGCUUUAGAUAUAACGAAGUUAAAGAGGGUUAAGAAGAUAGCUAACAGUUUGUAAAUCUUUAUAAACUUUAGGCAAAGUCUUUAAUCACGUUGCUUGUAAUCUGCGUUAGCCAUCCUCAGUCACAUUCGAUUCUUUAAAGUUUAUUCUUACAUUCCUCGAGUUUCGAUCGAGUGUCGUAAUACCAAAACUAAAGUAUUCACAACAGCCAGUCAUAACAGAGUAAAAAAAAUACUACAAGGAGCCUAUGAACUCAAAUUUUGAAACAAGAAAAUUGUAAAAAGCGGGCAAAACAUGAGUGUCGCAAUUGAUGUAAGGUUUGGAUGUUUUGAGAAAGUUGCGCAAGUUUUUCGGGACCAAUCACGAAGUAACCCGAAGCAAGUUUUCGGGACCAAUCACGAAGUAACCCGAAACCAAAGCAAUCUUGGACUACUUUAGGCUCUCAACUGAAAACUGCUCCAUCUGCCCUAACAAACGAUUAUUGAAGGUUUUAUUUUAUUUUCAAAUGCAAUUCUCUCUGACAUUGAUCCUCUUUAUGUUGUGAGUCCCUCUAAUUGCUUCAUUAAAGCUGAUGUAAGAAAUUAGAGUGGUCGUGAACUACUUGUCGAGCCAAAGUUUUGACAGUCUCAACUUCUUCAGUUCACCAAGGGACAUUAAAAUUAUCGUGGCGUACUUCCUCAAAGGUUUUGAGAAUUCUCAUUACCUUCGGGGGGGGGGGGAAGAUUUAUAUUAUACUUAUAUACCAGGAGUAAUAUCUAAUACAAAUUGCCUUUCAUUUUCUUUGACAGAACACAAAAGACAGCUUGCAGCGGUCCCUUCAGUGGGUUGAUAGCGAACUGAUGCGAGUGAGCACGCGUCCAGAGUGGCCUGCUCUGCUUCAUAAUCUGUGUAUGUUACACAGUUUGGUCCGGUUACGAACAAGGUUUGGCUUGACUGGCUGGAACAAGCCUAUGGACCUCAGGAACAUAGGGACUGCGGAACUUUGGGUAAGUAUCACGGAUCAUUUAUGUGGUCGAUUUCGGUUGUUCACAGUGGCAGAUUUAAUAAUUUGACGUAAACAAUUUUUUUCCCGCAGCAAGGGUUGGAUCUGGCUGUACGCGAGUUUCAAGACAAUGCAGAUAUGGCAUGGCAAGGGGCUGGAUCAACGAGGCCUAUCCAGUGGAAUGGAUUACGGUAUAUGUUAACAGAGGUACGCCCUCCCCCAACAACCCUCUUCCCCCGCCCCCGUGACCUGAGAAAAUGAAUGGACAUUAUUCGUGUGGGCGAAAUUAUUAAGCCUAAGCUUAAUAUCACUACAAUUUGAAUGGUAUCGUUAACCAGGAGUUGUAAUAUAUUACAACUGAGCUUUUGUACUUUGUACCUUUUGACCGACGGAACUGCUUCCUGUUGCGCUAACUCUGAAUGUUAUUCACUGAGAUUUUCGUAAAUGAGAGAAAGCUGUGAGCUGUCAUAGCACCGACCAGAAAAGUUCAUCUGCAUCAAUUUCGACGAACUAUUUUGUGAUAAGGGAAUCCUUUUACAUUGCGCAUAUAUUUUCAUUAUUUACGGUGACGUUUGGUGGCGAAAGUCGCGUGGCUGUGAAAUUCUGAUAAUGUUCAAGAGCGGUGAAACAAAUUUUAAUUUAACCAUUAAAGUGAUUUUGUUGUUAUUGUUGUUGUUGUUUUGGUUGUCAUGGUUUUUUCUGUUGUCGUGGAAGAUGAUGAUGACAAUUAGGAGAUGUUGUUUUUCGUUGAUAUCAGUUUUCAUCAUGUAAACUGCGGUGUUAUGAAAGGAUUUCCAGUCCUGAGAAAAGCCGUAUUGAGGAGAAAUUCCGUAUCUACGCGUGCCUAUGUAUUUUUCUCCAUUUAUCUUUGCUCAUUGCGAAUCAUAAUUACUUGUGUUGUGGGAAAAUGCAGGUUGUAUACGGCAGAGGUGUGAGUGAUGAAUUUGACCGCCAGGGCUUGAGUGCCAUGAUUGAUUACUGGAUCAGUCCAGCCGCAGUCAAACGGGAAUUUGAAGCUUCAAAGAGUAUGUGUUUUUGUUUUUGUUUGAUUUUUAUUUUAUUCACAUUUUUGACAAUGGUCCUGUUUAGGCUUUUAAUUGUAUUUCAACGUAUUUUGUCUUGCGUUCUUUUUUCCAUAGUCAAGUACAAACUACCAUCAGCUUUAUUCAGUAGCAACGUGAAACUAAACAGCGUGUGGUCAGCGCUUGAGGGGCUUGCUGGUGAAGGUCUUGAAGUUCCCGAAGCAUGUGGCCUACACCCCUCUCCUGAGGUAAGAUAAACUGACUAUUAUACAAGUGGAGCAUGCAAAACAGGAUGGUUUUUCUAAAAUGAUCUGUUGUAAAGACUACUUUAAAUCCUUAGACACUAAAUAGUGACUAGCAUCUAAUUUCUUUACCAUAUCGCCCCUGAACCACUCAUGAUGGCCACGAGAACAAUGGAAAUGAUCACUAACUAAAAAAAAUCUUGAGUGUUUAACACAGCAGAAUAUUUACCUUGUGGGAUAGAAAACGCAGGAAACAAAUCACCAACCGAGACAGAGCAGGGAUGGCCAAGGUUGCAGGGGAUUAGAUGAGAUUAAAUUCUACACUCCCUCGAAAAUUUCUGGGAUUGACUUCUAAUUUUGCACGCAGCUACCUCAUUCAAACCACAGUAACAUCGAAACAUUAUAACGAAUAUGAUUGGUUUGUUGUUUCAGACUCAGCUGGGAGACGAACAGUACGUUUUCACUCGUUUAAACUACCUACUGGAUCGUAUGGCCUCGUCCGACACGCUCACACACGCUGUUACGGAGCCAUCCACGCUCUUGCCCUCCUCAGGUGUUAUUCAGCAGAGUUCAGCUGCGCACACCACUGGGGCAGGGUCAAUUAGUAUUGCUGGGGCGGGAGUGUUCGCUAGUGCCAGUCUAGUUUCGUUUCGUAGUCGGAAGGAAGUUGAUCUAAACGAAGUAUGCACGACAAUGCUGGCGAAGAUUCCAAAAGUUUGGUCGAAGGUGACUUGUAUUCUUCUGAAGUUUCUGUUUUUUCUACUGUUUUUGUUCCUGUCAAACCCUUUCUUUGCUGAUAUAUCAAAUUAAAUAGGCCUUUUUUCUAUCAAAAUUAACACUAUCUUGUCUGACGACGGACAAACCAAAUUAAAGCUGCUGUCUAAAAAAGAAAAGCCACAGGAACCUUAGCUUAGUAUUUUGGAGAGGACGAAAGCCAGCGACAGAAAGCUUUCUUCGCAGUAGUGUGACAAACUUGUACGCCCACUACAGUAUGAACAUUCUCGCUCCCCUUCUUCUCUCUAAACGUUUCCCGCAGAGGUUUUAUUAAACAUUCGAUUGCAAGAAUUUUGUUUUAUUUUUAAUUUACAGGAGAGUGUCUACGAACGGAUGAAGAAGACUGGAGGUCCAAACUCCUUUAACCUCUUCGUCAUAGCUGAGAUGGAAUGUAUGCAUAGACUAUUGGCGUGUGUUCGCGAAACUUUAUUGGUAAACGACUUUUGUUUUAUUCACUUUUUCUGUGCUACUAUGAGACUGUAUGUAUGUAAGUCUUGGUUGAAUUUCUGCUAGAAUCUGACGUAUCAGUUAGUUUCCGAAAAAAUAGUAUAUUUUCUAAUUAAAAAUUGGUGGCCUUCUUCUUAAUUCCAUUCGUUUGAGUGAAUUUCCCGUAAUCCCUUGACAAUUCUCUAGACAUUUUCCGUAUUCACUUUCUGAUGGAACGGGAACCAAAGAGGUUUUACUACCUUUUCUCCCUCUGAUAUCAUCAGGAAACAACAACAAUUGAGUAGCAGUAAGGAGCACAAGUAAAGUGAUGAAAACUUUGAAAAUACCUUUUCUUGAGCGCUCCUCCCAUAAAUGUACAAUAAAUUCAAAGAGCCAAAUGAAGCACACGGAAAUCUUAACCAUUGCAAAUCAGUUUACGUUCGUUCGUUUUUCGUUUCAAUUCUACUGUAGAGAAUUUAAGUGCUCUGAGUUUUUUCGGUCUGGUAUUUUCUUUGCCGCUAAUAUGCUGAUCUGUUUGUUGCAGUCAAUCAAGGCUGCUACUGAGGAGAGUCUCUGUGGUGACCGUAUCAGCGAGGAGUUGCUGGACUCUGCUGAUGACCUGUAUCACAUGAGAAUUCCUAGCAAAUGGAGUCAGCUAGGAGGAGAAUCCUCCCCUCCCCCCACGUGGAGUUUAGCCGCCUGGUUUACCGACCUUGGAAACCGAUUUUCGCAUAUUGACCGAAUUAUUGUGCAGGUAAAUAAUAAUCUAUGCUAAGGCGGUUUGAUGUUCUUAUUUAUCUUAAUAAUCGGCUGAAGUACUUCCUCUUCGUUUAUUAGAGUCGUGAAAGAGUACCGGCAUAUUGGCUUGGAGCCUUCUUUAACCCACGGCGUUUUCUCUCCAUCAUCAAACAGGUAACAGUAAAACAGCAAACGCUUCAUUUGUAAAUAUUGGGUCUGCGUUUUGAUCUCAUUUAUUGAUACCUAAUGGUCUUCCAUAGGAGGCUGUCAGAAACUAUGAAGGAAGAGUUUCAGGAACAGAACCGUUUGUGUAUCAAACAGAAAUCACUGGAAGAGAUAAAGAUCACGUAAGCAAGCCUUCUUUUUCUAUUUAGGAGAAAAAGUGUACAUUCGAUGACCUAGAAUGUUGUUUUAAAAUAUUAUUGUCUCCUAGAUCUUAAGCUCUUCUGUCCUAAGCCACUUGGCUGUUCCUUGUAUAGCGCCGUGCAGGCGUUUUAAUACAAAUUACAACUGAAUUUAUUUUGUAGAAAACUGAACCAAGCAGCUAUGACUAACACUUCUGGUUCUUGUUUAGUCUGUUCCUUUUUCUGUUUCUGAAGAGCGUCGUACCAAAUUCAGGAUAGUUUUGAUUUGACUGAUCCUAGCAGUAUACAGGAAUGGUUUCUUUGUACAUCGUUCAGCGGGCCGUCAGAUCCCUGAGACUCAAUUGUGGUGCAACUCCGAUUGUUGCCCUUCGCUCACGCUUAAUUCAAAAUUACAUGUCCAGUAAAUCACUUUAUUUUAAUCGUUUUAACAGCUUGAAAUCACAAAUUGCUGUUUUAUUGAAUUUUACCUUUUAGUUGAGAGAACCACCACUAGACGGAAUGUUCGUGUACGGUAUCUACUUGUGGGGCUGUGCCUGGGAGAAAACCACCGGGGACCUUUUGGACGCUCCUCCAAAGUCAGGCCCAACCCCUCUCCCUGUGGUACACAUUGUUGCUCUUCCUCAGACUGAGAAAGCCUCCUUGAAUGAUCCCGUGCGUGCCGCUGUGUCUUACUCGUGCCCAUGCUACUCGUCCAGGAUUUGUCAGCGAGAGCCUGUUAUGCUUUUGGACGUGGAUAACAAAGAUGUUCCUUCCACGCGCUGGCCCCUCAGGGGACUUUCUAGUACAGUGAGACCUUUUUAAGUGCCUUCCGUAGACACUUGAAAUUUAUGCACUAAUGACCUCAUUUGAAGUAGAACCUUUCUGAGUUCUUUAAAUAAUUACUUCCGUUAUAUUCCAGAGGUCGUUUUAUUGUGCUGGUCUAUUCCUCUGGUUCUUUACUCUGCUCAAUUGUUCAUGUGUUGGUGACUGUUACAAACGUUAGCACCAACGAGUUCAUUAACCAAAUUCUAGCAGUCGUUUAUUGUUACGUCAUUUUAAGCAGACAAAUUUGUGUGCCAGAGUGAGAGGUUAAUUAGCAUAACUGAAAAACAGGAACAGUGCAGUUAAAACAAAAUUGAACAUUCAUGCUCAUCAGCAUGAUUCGCACUUUGUUCACACCAGAUGUUCCGGAGCGUUCGAUUUGUUUUUUUUGUUUUUUUUUUUUACAUCAAAAGAUUAUUCAUUGCUCUUAAGUCUGAGACCAUAAUUUAUUACUUUGUACUUUGGCGAAAUGUUUAUCAUGGUUAAGUAAAUGUAAUUGAUUUCGAUAGGAUUCUUCUCGCCACUCACUUUUGUACAUAAAAUACAAUAUUUUUGAC